UGCAGGUUAUCUUGUAGAUAUCAAAGAUGGCUGACGAUCCAGCUACGAAGCCUAAAGAGCAGGCCAAGUUGAUGGAACAAAAAGAAGGAAAGAGAUCUGACGAUUCACCUACAGAAUUGUCCUCCCCAUUCAAGUCGAUCAAGGAAAAAGGAGAAGAGAGGUCUGGUGAUUCAACUGCCAAACUGGCUAGCCCACCCAAGAUGAGUGAGCUACGCGAUGAAGAGUUGGAUUUACAAAGACAAAGGAUCUCUUUAGAGAUCAGAGAGCUACGCUACCAAGAGUUGGAUUUACAAAGACAAAUGAACUUGUUGGAGUCGAUGGAGGAGAAGGGCGAAAAGAGGUCUGGUGAUUCAACUGCAAAACUGAUGAGUGAGCUAUGCGAUAAAGAGUUGGAUUUACAAAGACAAAGGAUCUCUUUAGAGAUCAGAGGGCUACGCUACCAAGAGUUGGAUUUACAAAGACAAAUGAACUUGUGUGAGUCGAUGGAGGAGAAGUGGGAAAAGUGGUCUGGUGAUUCAACUGCAAAACUGAUCAGAGAGCUACGCUACCAAGAGUUGGAUUUACAAAGACAAAUGAACUUGUUGGAGUCGAUGGAGGAGAAGGGCGAAAAGAGGUCUGGUGAUUCAACUGCAAAACUGAUGAGUGAGCUACGCGAUGAAGAGUUGGAUUUACAAAGACAAAGGAUCUCUUUAGAGUCGAUGGAGGAGAAGGGCGAAAAGAGGUCUGGUGAUUCAACUGCAAAACUGAUGAGUGAGCUACGCGAUAAAGAGUUGGAUUUACAAAGACAAAGGAUCUCUUUAGAGAUCAGAGAGCUACGCUACCAAGAGUUGGAUUUACAAAGACAAAUGAACUUGUUGGAGUCGAUGGAGGAGAAGUGGGAAAAGAGGUCUGGUGAUUCAACUGCAAAACUGAUCAGCGAGCCUACCGAACUAGAGUUGAUUUUACAAAGACGUAGGAGCUUGUUGGAGGUUUGUAUGCAUAACCAGUAG